AUGGAAACACCUAUUUCUUCCAUAUUUUGGACAUGGAACAAUAUGUUACUGCUGAAACUUGGAAGAAUGGAAAUCUUAGAUCAAAACACUUUGUAUGGAUGGUAUGAACGGCCUAAAAAAGAUUUCUUGAACAGUGAGCAACUAGAGCUAUUACCCUCUACAUAA